CAGAUCAGAUCCGACCCGAUCGAUCCCUUCAGAAUUCGCUUCUCCUACGUUGGAAAUAUCGUCUCUUUCUCAUCCUGGCCAUGGCUCUCUCAGCUGCAGCUUCUCAGAUGUCUGUUUUGCCUCUCCCUGCGGGUGAUAGCUCCAGAGGAUCGAUGCUUAAGGUGCAAAGCAUCAGCUUUGGUGAGAAGUCAUGGGCUCCUGUGCUGAGGUUGGAGUCAAGAUCUAGAAAUUUAUGCGUUACAAAACGAGGCACGAUAUGCAUGUCGGUCCAACAAGCCAGCAAAUCCAAAGUUUCAGUUACUCCACUUGAACUAGAGGAUGCCAAAGAGCCCCCGCUUCACUUGCACAAGCCCAAGGAACCGUACACCGCUACAAUUGUUUCGGUCGAGAGGCUUGUGGGUCCAAAAGCACCUGGAGAAACUUGCCACAUUGUAAUCGAUCACAGUGGCAAUGUUCCCUACUGGGAAGGACAGAGCUAUGGAGUCAUUCCUCCUGGUGAAAAUCCUAAGAAACCUGGGAACCCUCACAAUGUCCGCCUUUACUCAAUCGCAUCAACGAGGUAUGGAGACUCUUUUGAUGGCAAGACAGCUAGUCUAUGUGUCCGUCGAGCUGUUUACUAUGAUCCAGAGACUGGAAAGGAGGAUCCUUCAAAAGCUGGUGUAUGCAGCAAUUUCCUAUGUAAUGCCAAACCGGGCGACAAGGUCCAGAUCACUGGUCCUUCAGGGAAGGUAAUGCUUUUGCCAGAAGAGAACCCUAAUGCCACUCACAUAAUGAUCGCCACGGGUACUGGUGUUGCUCCAUUCAGAGGAUACCUCCGACGAAUGUUCAUGGAGAACGUCCCAAAUUUCAGGUUUAAUGGUCUUGCAUGGCUCUUCCUCGGGGUGGCAAAUUCAGACAGUCUCCUUUAUGAUGAGGAGUUCACCAACUAUCUCAAUGACUAUCCCGACAACUUCAGAUAUGACAAGGCCCUUAGCAGAGAACAACAGAACAAGAAAGGCGGCAAAAUGUACGUUCAGGACAAGAUCGAGGAAUACAGUGACGAGAUAUUCAAGCUAUUGGACAAUGGUGCCCAUAUAUAUUUCUGUGGUCUGAAGGGGAUGAUGCCCGGAAUUCAGGACACCCUCAAGAGGGUGGCUGAGGAGAGAGGCGAAAGCUGGGAGGAGAAGCUCUCUCAGCUCAAGAAGAACAAACAAUGGCAUGUUGAGGUUUACUGAGUUCACAUCUCAUUGGUGUCUGCUUGCAUUGUUCUGAUCUAUUUGACUGAAUUUCCGACUGAAAUAAUUGAAUGAUUCUAUGCAUCAGAUCAAGAUCAGCUCGCUGAUUUGAUUGGGCAUGCAUUGAAUUGUUCUCAGAAUAUUGUUUUCCUGGCAGCCUCUUGGGAGUAUGGUUGUGUUAAUGUUACCAGAAAUUUCAAUGGAAAAGGUCGAUUCAUUAGACAA